ACAGAAGACCCACCCCUCUACGUCGCGAAGUUAGCCUGGUUCCUCGCGCCGGGCCUCCGGCGCCUCGAGGCCAGCUGAGCUGCGCUAUUUGAGCCCUCGCGCUCCCCGUAUCGGGCGCUGCUGGGAAGGGAGGGCUAAAAUGGCGGCGGGAUGGGAACUUUUUUUUAAGAACGAGUGAGGCAGGGCAGCGACCGCCGAACACAGCGCCAACCGUAGAAAAAGUUGAGAGAAGCUGCGACUUCUUCCACCCUCGGCUUUCGUUGGCAAUCUGAGGGGAUGAUGUAGGAUGUCGUUUCGGGGGGGGGGGGGGGGGUCUGUCUGUCUCCCGGAUCCUUUCGAGAGAAAAGCUUCUACCUGUGUCGAAUGGUUUCUUUUUUAAUGUACCCGAGAGAGUGAGCGGAGCAGACCUUUGCUUUCUCCUCUGUCUCCUUCGCUUUUCGGGGGUGGGGGGUGUCUGUCUCCCGUCCCCGGUGCGGCAGUUUUUGAAGGAACGAGCCUUAAUGGCAACUCUUCAAGAGGCGACUGGACACGGGAAAUUCUGCUCUGCUCUUUUCUCACGCUGUCUCUUUGACACGUGACAGUCCCGGUCGGAUGUGCGUAUCCUAAGCAGGCCGGUGGCUCUAAAUUUCCUGUUCCGUAUCCUUUUUAAUUCUUUCAUUUUGAGGCAGUAUUAUUAGCAUCGACGUGACUCUCAGUGUCUUCGGUGUCGCUUUGGGAGAGCAGCAGGAGCAGUCGCAAAACGACUCCGAGCUCACACGUACAUUUGCAAGCGUAAGUUCUCGUUUAUAGGAGCAACAGGAAAAUCCUGGCUCCUCUCAGCUUGGGGUGAACUCCCACCGCAGGAGCUGCCGUGUUUCAGAUCAUCCUUGAAGUCAUUGGUGCAGUACUGACCGUUCGAAGCGGAAACGGUUUCAGCAGGAAACCACCUGAUGAUCUUAAUUGCUUAUAUACCCUUCUAACAGUUUGAUAGUAUAGUUUGUUACCUAUUUGUUCCAGUCUAAACCCACUGAAAUCAACAGGUUUGGAGCGGAAUUGGCUGUUGAAGCUGCUUUGGAGCAAAUUUAAGGAGUGUGAGUCCAGCCCAGAGCUCAUGCUUGGUAUGCCAGAGAUGUUUCUGUUUAAAAGCAUCCAAUAGCAGAUGAUAUGAAAAGCUAUCUGGAACCCUGGAGAGUCCCUACAGUUACAGUAGACAGUACUGACUAUAUUAGACCAAUUGUCUUAUUCAGUGAUCUGAGCAGCGUUAGUGUGCUGGGGCUGCUUGGCUGUUACCAAUCCAGCCAGUGCCAUUGGGACUCAGCUUGCUAUAGAUGCCAGCACCCUCCAGAGCAGUGACCCAUUUGAUUAUUUUCUGGUAAUCUAAAUGACCAGUCUGCCUCUAGCUUCAGUAAUCCUUGGCUGUUAUUGAUGAAACAACACUACAGAAAGUUACUUCUGCAUCAUAUUUCUUAGAUGAAACUCAAGCACUUGUGUUGUAUAUAUAUUUAUUUUUGUGGUGUGAUACAGUCUUGACUAGUCAGCUUACAUGUGUAAAUCAUUACGUUACUUCAUCAGCCACUGCCUCUAUGCAGCAAUGACAAGACUAGAAGAAGCAAACCGAGAAGUGAAUAUGCAUUCCUCUGUUCGGUAUCUGGGCUAUUUAGCCAGAAUGAAUUUACUAGUUGCAGUAUGCCUGGGCCUUUAUGUCAGAUGGGAGAAGAAUGCAGAUGCAUUAAUACUCGUGAUUUUUAUCCUGGCUCUUUUUGUCCUUGGAAUUGCCAGUAUACUUUAUUACUAUUUUUCCAUGGAAACAGCAAGUUUAAGUCUUUCUAAUCUUUGGUUUGGUUUUUUACUUGGCCUUCUCUGUUUUCUUGAUAAUGGUGCUUUUAAAAAGGAUGUGAAAGAAGAAGCAACUCAAUACCUGCUUCUCUCCUCAAUCAUUAUAAGGAUAUUGCAUGCUUUGGUGCAGCGGAUAUGUGGCUGCAUCCAUCAGCGACCUACUUUGCUAACAACAGUUGAGUUCCUGGAACUGGUUGGGUUUGCAAUUGCCAGUACAACUAUGCUGGUACAAAAAUCCAUGAGUGUUAUUUUGUUGGUUGUGGCUUUAGCAAUGCUCAUUAUUGAUUUGCGGAUGAAGUCUUUCCUUGCUAUUCCAAAUUUGGCAAUCUUUGGGAUCCUAGCCUCAGUAUUAUUUUUUCCUUCCCUAGCAAUACCCACAAAUCCUUUUGCCUUGGGAUGCUUUUUUAGUUGUCUAAUCACAGACCCUCUUCUUGACGUGUACUUCAGUGGAUUUUCAGUUAUAGAACGUUGGAAACCCUAUCUGUUUCGUGGGAAAGCCUGUCGAAGAUUUUCUGUCAUCUUUGUUGGACUUGUUGAACUUAUUUCUUUUAUACUAUCAGCCUUGAAGCUGGGUGAUUUGGAUCGUUGGUAUUUUGUGAUACCAGGGUUUUCUAUUUUUGGAAUUUUUUGGAUGAUCUGCCAUAUCAUUUUUCUUAUAACACUUUGGGGAUUUCAUACAAAAUUGAAUGACUGUCACAAAAUCUAUUAUACACACAGGGCAGAGAAGAACAGCCUUGAUAGAGUCAUGGCAUCUAAAGGAAUGCGUCAUUUUUGUUUAAUUUCUGAGCAACUUGUGUUUUUCAGCCUUCUUGCAACAGCGAUUUUGGGUGCUGUGUGUUGGCAGAAAUCCAAUGGAAUCUUCAUGAGUGUAUUUCUGAUUGUCUUACCUCUUGAAUCCAUGGCUCAUGGCUUAUUUCAUGAACUAGGAAAUUGUUUGGGAGGAACGUGUGUAGGAUAUGCAGUUGUAAUUCCUACAAAUUUCUGCAGUCCUGAUGGUCAACCAACCCUGCUUCCACCUGAGCAUGUGCAAGAGCUGAACUUGAGAUCAACAGGCAUGCUAAAUACCAUUCAAAGAUUCUUUGCAUAUCAUAUGAUUGAGACUUAUGGCUGUGACUAUUCUACAAGUGGACUUUCUUUUGAUACCCUUCAUUCCAAGCUGAAAUCAUUUCUUGAACUUCGGACACCUGAUGGACCCAGACAUGACACUUAUGUUUUGUAUUACAGCGGCCAUACUCAUGGAACUGGGGAAUGGGCAUUAGCAGGUGGCAGUGCAUUACGGCUAGACACACUUUUAGAAUGGUGGCGAGAGAAGAAUGACUCUUUUUGUUCACGGCUUAUUAUAGUCUUAGAUUGUGAGAAUUCUCAGCCUUGGAUUAAAGAAGUAAGAAAAGUCCGUGACCAGUAUGUGGCAGUACAAGGAGCAGAGCUGGCCAAAGUGGUGGAUAUUGAUGAAGCAGACCCUCCUCACCUUGGUGACUUUACUAGAGAAUGGGUAGAAUACAAUUGUAACCCUGACAAUGACAUCAGUUGGUUUGACAAGGGGCGAACUGUCAAAGCCAGGUAUGGAGUGUCAAAACGAUGGAGUGAUUAUACUUUACACUUGCCAACAGAAAGUGAUGUUGCCAAACACUGGAUGAUGUAUUUUCCUCGUAUCACCUACCCUCUGAUUCAUCUCGCAAACUGGUUCUGUGGUCUUAACCUUUUUUGGAUCUGCAAGGCUUGUUUUAGGUGUUUGAAAAGGUUAAAAAUGAGUUGGUUCCUUCCUACAGUAUUAGACACAGGACAGGGCUUCAAACUUGUCAGAUCUUAAAUUAAGAACCAAAGGUGAGCAAAAGCACUUAACAUACAAAUGACUUGUAACAGUUUAUGUUGUUGAAGGAAACUUGCUACAUUUUGUAGCAGCAUCCACUUUGUUCAUUAUCUUGAGCAAUAGUAUAUGUAAAGAAUCAGAUUCUGUUAGGAAACCGAGAACAGCAUUGGCAUCAGGUGAACUGUGUUCCUGAGUUUGAUUUGAGUUCUAUAAAAGCCAUUAAGUAUGACCAUGUUUCAGAGACGACUUUGUAUGUCUAUUUGCAUUAAUGCUGACAGAGGGCUAAAUAAACCCUAUAGUCCUAAUCCUA